AUGGAAAACUUUGACUGGAGCCGCUCGGAUCUGAAUCGGACACACUUCCAUUCACUCGCGAACCUUCUUUCACUUCGCAAUGGCGGCCAAGUCGAGCCUACUGUGAAAUUCGACACUGAGCCUGAGCUAGAUUUGGAGGUCAAUGACGAAGAAGAUUGGGAAUCUCGUAGUGUCAACACUGCUUUGGCAAACCAGAUAUCUGAAUCAGGUCAUGGUAAACUCAAAAGGCGGUUUCUCGAUGCUGUGGCUGGGUUCGCCGCGAACAAAAAGGGCGGCACAGCAGUUGCUUGCUCGGCUAUGAAAGAGGCUGAGAAUGACGUCGUCAUCUGGCUCGCUCGCAACGACGGCUUCUCCAAUGGCGAUCGUCCUGCUUUCGAGAAAUUAGGAGCAAUACUAAGUUCUCUGUCCUACAACGGCGUCGAGGACUCCAAGGAUCUCCUAUGGGAACAUAUGGUUUCGUACCACAGUAGCCGGAUCAAACAAGACUACAUCUUUAAACUGGGGAAAAGCUUCAAAGCUUACGACGCUGAACAAACGCGACACGUUGCCAACACGACAGCAGAUCGGUCAGUCGUCGAUGCAGCGCUAUCCGCCCUGCGUGACCUUCUCUUCAAUAACCUGCCGAAUGACUUAAACGAGACGAGGACACUACCAGAUCAACCCAGUAUAGAUACCCACUCUCUGACGAAGAUAAUAUGGCCCGAGAGUGUGACAUCAUUAGCAGAAGACCUCAUACCAGAGGAAGAAGAGGUUUUGGAGGAUUUUGGGUUCAAUAGUGUGAAUUUUGGUCAAGGAAGAUCAUACCUUUUUGGUGUAUAUGCCGGUCUGUAUCGGUCCGGCAGGUUCUCAGCGGAAGACUUCCAUAACUGGCGUAUCGGAGGUAUCCUGACCGAAAAGAUCAAAGAGUUCUUCUAUAGCCUUCCGGAGGAUUCCCGUGGAAGCUACUUUCCUUGGUUCUUGGAAAACCUCCCUCUCCUGGAGCGGCCCACGACCGAACAACAGGCGAUGCAAAACCUUGUCGCAAGCAUGUUUGCUAAAGCCAGACCGUACUUGGAUAUCGAAGAUCGCAACAGAGCGCUUGAUGAGUUGAUGCCUGAAGCCAAGCGGGAUAGCUUCACCUUGCUGGCUCAACUGUCUCACCAGAUGUCGCCGAAUCCGAUCGAACAAAACUGGUACUCUUUUGGGUUCGUAACCUGUCGUGGAAAGAGUGAGGAGAACACACUCGUGCAAGUCUACCAGCUCCUCCUUCUUGAAGAUGAUGGGAGUUAUUUUUACAAGUUCUACAACAGCCGAAGGGACCACAACUCACCUGUCGGGUUGACGCAGUUUUGGAAAGCGUACGAAGCGGGAACACUCAUACAGCUUAUGGAUUCGAAAGGCCUCAAGAACUUUCGAUCCAGAUUGCCACUCUUGGAGGUCUUCCUGUCCGGUUCAUGCUCCUCCGUAUGGGAUUUGAAAUGGUUCCUUGACAUCGAAGACCCAGUGAAGUACCCGCCCAUUCCUUCGGUGAGCCUCGACUAUGGUUUCGUCAACUGCAACACGUUAGAGGAGACCUACACGUUGAUUGAAAUUUACAAAAGGGUUUUGCAGACCGCGCAUCUACUAGACCUUCAACAUGCGUGUAUAACAGGAACUUUGUGGCAGUUCGCAAGCAGUCGCAUCCGGAUGGAGGAGAAAUGGAGGCCGUUGAUGAAGAAAGUCUAUUCAUUGGAGACACCGACGGUGUCAGAGACAGGCGAGGAUAUGACACCAAAAGCAGAAUCAGAGGAACAUGGAGAACCCGUCGUCGUUUCGUCGUCGCUACUGUCGAGACUGUGGGGCUCGCUUUCAGUCGUCUGA